AUGCCUGGUGUUAGAGACGUCAGCGCCGAUGCAUUCAUCGCAGCAUACUCAAGCCACUUGAAGCGAUCAGGCAGGUUUCAAUGGUGUUCAUGCAAUAACGCAACAAAACAGGUUCCUACAUGGGUCGACAUUGUAAAAACCGGUGCAUACAAAGAACUCGCUCCUUAUGACCCUGACUGGUACUACGUCCGCGCUGCUGCUGUUGCAAGACACAUAUAUCUGCGCAAAGAUGUUGGUAUCGGUGCCCUCACAAAACUCCAUGGUGGUCGCAAUAGGCGAGGAAACCGCCCGUCACACCACGCUGACUCUUCUGCUGCCGUCCAGCGGAAGAUUUGCCAGUCUUUAGAGAAGAUCGGCGUCUUGGAACAGACCGAUAAUGGUGGCCGUAGAAUUAGCCAGGAUGGGCAGCGGGACUUGGACCGGAUUGCUACUGCUGUGGUUGAGGCUGCCAAGGGAGACGACGAAGAGGAUGAGGAGGAGGAGGAAGAGGAAGAAGAGGAGGAGUAA